UCCAAUUGACGCUAUUUUUAACACCGUGUCCUCCGUGACCAGUGGAUUAACGUUCGACAACAUGGGAUUUUUUCACUGUACUUGUGCACUUUCUCUGAAUAACAAUGACUUAUGAGUAUCUGGAGGACAAAGCCGAGUUUUCUCCUGCUUGGGUAUCGGCUUGUUAUGAACUGUUAAGAGUCACUCUGAGCAAAGACGCGUUCGUGUGUCGCCAGGAUGCUGCUCAUUUCACCGUGACGACCAGCUUUACAAUGAGCAUCUGGGAUGGAUCACAGUUGUUCUGAUGUCCAAACAAAGAACAGACAGCUACUGUGUUUAACAGAUAUUCAGAACUGUGAUUGCUUUUCUCCAGAGGCUGAACAGAGGUCGCAGAGGUGCUGCUCUAAUGAGGCCACAACUGAUGAUCUGACCACUAAUGGUUCUUGGUCCAACAGCUCCAUCAGCCGUUCCCUGCAGCGAGCCGAGACGUUGCUCAAAAGCACCCUGAACCCCGGCCUGAAGUGGCUAUUCCAGGCUCGAACUGACAAUGAAGAGGAGGAAGAGAGAAACCUUGUGGUCGCCCACAACCUGGUGUCUCGCUCCUCUGCUCGUCUGCAGCGACUUCAGCAGGCCCUGCUGACCAUAACAGCGCAAUGGAAACAAGUCCCCUGCACAGAGUGUGGGUCACUGCAGGUCUGUGUAAAUGCCACGCCAGUAGAGAGCAGUGUUCUCCACCUGCCCUCUUUGUCGGUACUCCACGGUCAUUACAGGGCCCUGUCCAAGCUUCUGGAGCAACGGUCACUGCUGCUUUUCAUCCACGAGUACACGAGAAGGGCCCGCCUGGCAGCGGCAUAUGUAUCCAGGGCGAGACAGCUACUGGAGGGGCUGAGAAAACCCCAGGAGAUCAGUUGGUGUUCACUGAGGGUGGACUUCAGCUGUCUCUGCCACGAGCUGCGUCUUCACUUGAACCACUGGUCAUGUCUCUCCAUCAAGGUCCAGUCAGAUCAGUUCCUCAGACCCUCUGUGGCGCAGUACACCCGGCUGCUAGCAGACAUCCGGAACACUCUGGACCUGCUCGCUCUUCAGGCAUUAGUCGUGAUGGAACAGUGUGUGGGCCACGUGCUCUCUGCUCUAGCCCUGAGUGAGUUAGAUGAAGUACCAAGAGACAUCCUAGAAGAUGUUAUAGCUGCCACUGACCUUUAUAAUCAGGCAGUGGAAGAGCAAAGAAGCUCCACCCAGCGGAGGAAUGCUGUUUUACUCAGCACGUGUUCCUGGCUGUCCAGCCGAAGAGUGCCCUAUCCUGCAGCCUUCCCAGUGAAAGACCUAGUUAGAAUCUUUGCUGUCCACCAUGCUGACACAGCUGCAGCACGCCUGCACUGCUGGGCCUCUGAGCAGACGCGAUACCUGUGUCCAUUACACACCCAACGCAAGAGCCCCCCUCAUCCCAGUGAAUUGGGGAACCUGCACAGUAACUACCUCAACUCGUCAUCCAGUCAAACUCCCCUGCACAUCUGUGACCUUCAGUUGGACAGCACUUCCUGGAUCAAACACCAGCCAGCACCUGUUCAACAUCAACAAGUCCAGUGCCAAGCUCAGCCUGUCGUAGCUGGGAGCAGUGUUGGAGACUUGAAGUCAGAGCCUUCAUCUCCUGCUGUGCACCAGCUCUCUGUUCCACCUUUGUCAGACUUUCAUCACCAAUCCACACUGGAGCUGCUGUUCAAGAUUCUUGUUUCUGCCAAUGACCUGCUGGUACCACUGAUGCCACACUCUCCCAGACACACACCUGUCAAGUUGUCACACAGAGAGACGGAGCACUCAAGCGUCAAAGCCAAGCCCGCUUCCUCUCAACUGCUCUCUAAAGCUGGACCAAAUGAAAGAACUAAAAAAGCCACUCAGAAGAAGGCGACACAGGGAGCGACAGCCGACUCAGUGCCGCCAAGCCCCUGUAUUCCAGACCUGAUGAACGAGGAACCCAAGGGUGCAGACCAGCCUGAGUGCUUGCAGCGGCCGCGCUCUGUGCAGUGGCUGGACCUGGGCCAGUCGCUGCUGUUCAGAGAUCUGUUUGGCUGGUACCACUCACUGCUGUGGACUCAUUGCCACAAAGCUCUGUGGCUGCACCUGCAUGUUCCAGGGCUGGGGGGCGCUAAAGGAAGCAUCAACCUCUUCGACAUCAACAGCAGGCUUCAUUUUCUGCACGCGAUCGAUCAGGCUUCAAAGAUAGAUCUUCUACCAAUGGAGUGCAGAACAGAGCUGGAGAAUUUUAGUCAACAGGCUUUUGUCAGAGCCGCCCAUUCUCAGUGGGAUUAUGUGGUGUGUAAGGGUUUGGGUUCAGCCCUGAAGGACAAGUGUCAGAAUAAGAAGAAUUCAGAGGAAAGGGGCGUUGCAUCUUCCUCUAUGCAGGAUGAUGGUUUGAUGACAUCGGACACAACCAAACUCCUGCUGCAGCUUGUUCCUCCGCUGCUGUCUUCUCUCCACCGCCAUGCCUCUUCAGAUCUGCUCUUCCCGACACUGCAAAGAGAGACACUCAGCUUGAUGCUGACCACUGUCCAGCUCUCCACUUUCUGGGUCAUGUCAAAGUCCUACCAGUUCCUGUCAUCUUGGAGUCUCAACAGAUUCCUUCUCAUCACUCAGGGAGACCUCAAAAUGCUGCAAAGGUCUCUAGACCAGAUGGUGUGUCAGACAAAAGAGCUGCUGCUGGAUUCAGACUCCAACAUUCAUGGCCUCAGUCACUUGCUUCUUAAAGAACAACUCACAACGCUGGAGAAGGCUGCAUCUGAGCUCCAGGUCCCACAUGAUCAACAUCAGAUUUCAAUUUGGUUACCUUGCAGGUUUUACAAUGACUUUGCAUGUGAUGAGGUGAUCCGUUUUGCAGGAAUAAGCUUACAAAUAAUGGAGAAGACCUUCUCCUCUGUGGUGCUGAAGACCUUCUCUGGAGACUGCAAACGGAUGUCAGGGGAGAUCUUUGAGGAGAUGAUGCCUCCAGCUGGAUUCUGGAGAGUGAACCCCAGAACAGGCCUCCCCAGCAGUCCCAGUGAAUACGUGUCUCUGGCAGCACAGUCUGUGAUUGGUCAGGUUCUGGAGGGGCUGGCACCUCUGCCAGACGACGCUCGGGUCCAGACGCUGAGUAUAACUACCACAGCUUUCGUGGAAGCCUGGAUGGAGCACAUUCUGAAACAGAGGAUCAAGUUCAGUGUGACGGGGGCUCUUCAGCUGAAGCAGGACUUUGACUCCAUCAGAGAUUUGAUUCAGUCCGACAGAUACGGUCUGUCAGAUGAACUGCUCCGACGGCUCCUCGGCCUCAGGGUGUUUCAGCAGAUGGAUUCAGCGGUGAUGUGUUUGCUGCAGCAGCCACAAGUCCGACCGUACCUGCAUCACAGAGCCUGGGAGCCCUUCACACGUUGCUGUCCCUCCAAAAGUGGGCGUGCCAGCUGCAGCGACGCAGUAGGCAGCAGUAUCACAAACCUAAGGAGUAUGGAGGCUGAUGACAUCCCACCUUCUGAUCCAUCCGUGGUGGCCAGUGACAUUCCUUCAGUCUCUCCUCCAGAGCCGUACCUAGCUCCCAGUGCUGCUCUUGGUGCGUCUCAGCAGGACUGGCUAGACCUGAGGAUCCACAGUGGGGCACGUCACUGGAGGCUGCCAGGGCUGCACUGUCUCUCCAAGUCGGAACCUUAAAAAAAAAAAAAAGAUAAAACAAGUCAUUCAUAAUAGCCUGGACAGAACACCGAAGAGCCAUCGCUUAGUUAGCAGUGGAGUGUGGUGUUGGUUCUUCAGCAAGUGUUGUUUCACUUCUGCAGAAUACACUUUCAUUCUAGCUGGCUGGGUUUGUAAGAACACUAGUGUGUGUGUGUGUGUCACUGAUGUUGAAAUUUUAACUUGUACUUUGGAAUAAAUAUUUUAUAUUUA